AUGCGCCCAGGAACGGAGGGCGCGCGGACGCGCGCGAGCCGGCAGCAAGGGCAGGGCCUGGUCGGGGCGCAACUAGGGAGCCGCGGGUCUGGCGAGGGCGCGCAGGCAACUGUUCCACGGAGAGGCGCUCCGUUUCCAACGUCCAUCAGCGACGGCGACACACACCCCAACACACACACCCCCGCUGCAGCUUUGGGGCCACAGAACAAUCAGGCGCGCAUGGCUUUUUCUCCGGGAGAUGCCGCUGAAAACGCACAAGUCGCCAUCAGAGCUGCAAGAGUCAGCGCCAAAUUGUGUCCUUUCACUUUAGGGUUCGGCAAAAACGGGGCCAAAAUAGGUGAAAGUUGCCCCGAAACUUAUUGCUGUGCGGGCGAAGGGCGAAGAGGAGCGAGUGCACCGCGGGCGCGAGGCUGGGGAGGAGCGAGAGCUCGGAGCUCCGCGGCGGCGACUCAGCUCCGGCGGUCCAUGGCCGGCGAGGCUGCCCACCUCCUCGUUUGGCGCCCGGGUCCGAGGGGCGGGAGAGCGGGCCGGCGGGAGGCGGGCGGUCCCGGGCACAACGGCGGCGGCGGAAGGGCUCCCUGGGCAGCUGCCGCACGGACCCCGGCUCUAGGCGGCGAAGGCGGCUCCGUGGAGCUCGCAGCAGAUUUCCACGCGAUCCUGUGCCCCGCAGACAGACUGACCGACCUCGGGGACGCGUCCCCCCCUCCCACCCCCCGGCCCUUCUGGCCAACUGCCUUACUCUCUCCCUCCCUCUCUCCAGACUCCUCUUUCCCCUGGUGUUCUCAGAAGGAAGAAAAAAAAAAGGAAAGAAAGAAAGAAAGAAAAAAAGUUCUUCAAAGUUUCAGAACUAGGGGCGGCUGGAAAGAGAGAAGGAAGGGGGGGACGAAAGAAAAAAACUCAACUUCUCCUAUGCGCAUGCGUGGUUCCCCAUCCCCCGCGGCAUCUGCUGAGAGAGAGAGGUCCACUCUGCAGCCGCUGCCUACCUGCCGCCUGGUUGUCUGCGCUCCUUCCAGAGCCACCGACCGGCGGGAGGCUGAACCCCAACUUCCCCGGCUGGACCCCUUGGCUCGCUCGCGUAUCCCAGACCGCUCCCACUGGGGCUCCACGGAGACUGCUACCUUGACAUGGAACCUCACGGGGGACCUCCUUAUUCUUACCUCUGGGAGAGGAUACUUAAGCCCUGGGGCUGACGGAUAG